GUUCCCGACAGUAUCAUCCGGUCUUCAAAUAUGGCGCCAGCUACUGUGGACCAACAGCCCUUCCGAUUUCUGGAUCUGCCUGCAGAGCUACGUUGCUGGGUGUACAAGAGUAUCGAAAUCUCUACCACUUCGCACGUUCUAGUCAGAACACAAGCCCUCCUCGACAAAAGAGACUGGCCAGCUCCUCCCAAAGCCCAGGUCGACGAAUCUCGUGUGACCCUCAUUAGACCGCGCAUUCCACUCGAGAUCCUGAUGACCUGUCACCUCGUGAACGAGGAAGCUCGUCCGGUCCUCAACCGCAAGAUGCAGCAUUGUAAUACCCAGCCCGUACAAUAUCUAGUAGACUAUAGUGCAGCGUGGGCACUUGUCGGAGCUAGUGCCUUAAGAAGCUGCCUCGGCGAGACGGACGAGGACAUCAGCCUAUGUAAAAACAAAGCGGUCAGGAACUUUCUCCGAAUCUGUGCCCUUAAUCUCUCUCAAACACGCCGAACACAAAACGGCUCGCAAGACGUACGAGCCAUCGAAAUGACGAUAACACACAAGAGCGAGGUUGUGUAUGGCAGGGAAGUCUUGGAAACAAUACUGUGGCUCUGUCAACUCAAAUAUUCUUUUCCGACUCGACUCGUGGUCAUAUAUAAGUCUCCGUUUCCAAGAUACCGGGUAUUUGGCGAUACUGAGAUCAGAGAUUCGCCUGAAUUCGAGGAUCUAUUAAUGGAUCGAAUUCCGAGCGAAUCAGAAAAUGGAGAUCAGGCCAAUUCAGGGAGCGGGGUUUUCGUGAGACCACUUGAGGAAGAAGUUUUCAACAAGCAUGUGGAGAACUUGGAGUCGUACUAGAGAGCGACGAAUGGCGGGAUGAAAGAACCAGGCAACACC